AUACAAUUUAAUGUGAUUCAGUAAAAACAAUAGAAAUUAACUCAUUAAUAAAUCAUCUAUUUUCUUAGCUAUUAGAUGAAGGAUUCGUAAAGUUUUAUAAAAUCAAUAAUAAAGAAAAUAAAAAGGAAUUACAAAAAAAAAUGCUUGUAGAUGGAAAAAAGGACGGAGUUACUACAAUCCCUGGAUUGAAUCAGAUACAAUUUGAAGGAUUUUGUAGGUUUAUUGAUCAAGGUUUAAUCGAAGAACUUUCUAAGUUUCAAAAAAUUGAAGAUCUCGAUCAAGAAAUUCAGUUUCAUUUAUUUGUGGAAACAUCUCAAUUGGUAGAACCAUUGAUCAAGGAAAGAGAUGCUGUGUAUGACUCACUCACAUAUUCUUCUGAAUUCUAUGUAUUGGCAGGAUUAAUUUGGAAAGCAAGUAAGGAUCAAUCUACACGUAUGCAAGAACAAAUCAUUUUUCUUGGCAGCAUUCCUCUAAUGAAUUCCCUGGGAAGUUUUAUAGUAAAUGGAAUCUAUAGAAUUGUGAUCAAUCAAAUACUACAAAGCCCUGGCAUUUAUUACCGGUCAGAAUUGGACCAUAACGGGAUUUCGGUUUAUACCGGCACAAUAAUAUCAGAUUGGGGAGGAAGAUCAGAAUUAGAAAUUGAUAGAAAAGCAAGAAUAUGGGCUCGUGUGAGUAGGAAAAAAAAAAUAUCGAUUUUAGUGCUAUCAUCAGCUAUGGGAUUAGAUCUAAGAGAAAUUAUAGAAAAUGCCUGUUAUCCUGAAAUUUUUUUAUCUUUUCUUAGUGAUAAGGAUAAAAAAAAAAUUGGUUCAAAAGAAAAACGCGAUUCUGGAGUUUUUAUAAAAAAUUCGCUUGCGUAGGCGGUGAUCUAUUAGUGUAUGAAUACUUAUGUAAGGAAUUACAAAAAAAAAUUUUUUCACCAAAGAUGUGAAUUAGGACAGCUUGGUCGACGAAAUAUGAACCGAAGACUUAAUCUUGAUAUACCCCAGAAUAAUACUUUUUUGGUACCACGAGAUAUAUUAGCAGCCGCCGAUCAUUUGAUUGCACUCAAAUUUGGAAUGGGUACACUUGAUGAUAUGAAUCAUUUGCAAAAUAAACGUAUUAGGUCUGUAGCGGAUCUUUUACAAGAUCAAUUUGGAUUGGCUCUCGUUCGUUUCGAAAAUGUCGUUAAAAGCACUAUAUGUGGAGCAAUUCGUCAUAAAUUAAUACCCACUCCUCAGAAUUUGGUAACUUCAACUCCCUUAACAACUACGUAUGAAUCUUUUUUCGGGUUACACCCAUUAUCUCAAGUUUUAGAUCAAACCAAUCCAUUGACACAAAUAGUUCAUGCAAGAAAAUUUAGUUAUUUAG